AAAAAAAAAAAAAAAGGAAAGGAGAGAAAAAAGAAGAAGGAAGAAGGAGAAAAUGAGAGGAACAACAAGCUUCAAGCUCCCUCAACAAUCCUCGAAAUUUCAAGCCCCAACCUCCUGCCAAGGAUGUUGUAAGGAGGCUGUAAUGAAAAAACGAGCAUUAGCCAUCCAGUCACCUUUCCAGCCUGUGAAGGAUGUCGAGUACUUCUCUUCAAAAUCUAGUGAAGCGACAUUUGGUGACUCAGAUGCUCUCCUCAAGGCUGUGGAAGGCUUAAGGAAAGUUGUGGCUGAAAAGGAUGCCCAAAUCAAGGAACUCCAAGAACUCUUAGCAGCUCAACACUUAUCAAAACAGAAUAACCAAGUAGCGUCAAGCUCAGUCGUUGAAAAAGCCCUCGAAAACAAGGAAGACUCAUUAAGGACUUCAGAUCAGGUUGAUGAUGUGAUUCAAGCUCGGCAAGGAGGGACCUCACAAUCCUCACUUGUGUAUGCCAAGCCCUAUACUUGUAGGAUUGAUAAUCUCAGCCUACCAGGUGGCUACCAGCCACCAAAAUUCCAAAAGUUCAAUGGGAAGGGCAACCCAAGGCAACACGUCGCCCAUUUUGUUGAAACAUACAACAAUGCUGGCACCUAUGGGGACCUCAUGGUGAAACGGUUUGUUCGGUCCUUGGAGGACGCAACCUUUGAAUGGUACACUGACCUUCCUGCUGGGUUAGUGGAUAGUUGGGACCAGUUAGAGCGAGAAUUCUUGAAACGUUUUUACAGUACCAAGUGUACUGUUAGCCUGCCUGAGCUCGUUAACACCAAGCAAAAGAAAUAUGAGUCUAUGACAGACUUUAUUGAAAGAUGGAGGAAUCUCAUCCUAAAUUGUCGAGAAAAGAUUAGUGAGAUCUCUUCUAUUGAUAUGUGUGUGCAAGGUAUGCAUUGGGGACUGUUGUAUAACCUUCAAGCUAACAUGCCACAUACCUUUGAAGAAUUGGCCACUCGUGCCCAUGACUUGGAAAUUCAAAUUGCUAGGCAUGGUAACUUUCUUCCAACAGACGCUUGUGAUAAAAAAGAGUCUCGAAAAGAUGUGAAGAAGGAAGUGAAACCUUCAAAAGCAAAAGAAACUAUGGCAGUCACAACAGCGCCUGUGAAGAUCUCACAAUCACAACAAAAGCCAAAGACAAAUCCUAAACAAGGUGUCAAGAUUGUUGAGGAUCAAGGUCAAAAGAAGAAGUCUACAUUGAAAGAGUUGCAACAAAAGGAGUAUCCAUUUGCAGACUCUGAAGUGCCAGCUAUCUUUGAGCAAUUGUUGGCACUAAACCUAAUUGAACUUCCAGCUCCUAAGCGCCCAGAGGAAGUUGGGAGAGUAAAUGAUCCAAAAUACUGUAAGUAUCACCGAAUUGUGAGUCAUCCAAUCGGUAAGUGUUUUGUGUUGAAAGAUAUGAUAGUUCGUCUUGAGAAAGAAGGCAAAAUACAACUAGAAAGUGAAGAAGGUUCCGUUGCCACCAAUGUUGCCAUGGUUUCCUUUGGAUCCUUCAGUCCAGUUCCACUCUUGCUUGUGCAACCAACCCCAAUAAUGGUUCAACCUAAGGAGUUUGGUCCCCACUUGCCCAAGGGGGCAAUUCAAGUUAAAUUUCAAACAGAUGAUGAAGAAAAGAUAGCCUAUGCUUAUCCUAGCAUGCCUACUUCUGGAGGUCCAGGCUCUCUUUCUUUAUAUGACCUUAUGACGGUAAAUCUUGAAGAUUGGGAAUCAUCAUCUAAGUCUGAAUAUGAGGUUGGUGAUGGUUGGUCAACUUUCAUUAGUAAGAGCAAAAAACACCGUAAUCCAGUAUCUAAUGGAAUGCCACUCCCAGAUCCUCAUAAAAUCAUGUAUGGUAUCUAUCCAAAAAUAAAGCCGACUAGAUGGUAUUCAAACUCUGAGUUUUCUGCCUUUUACAAUGAUGAUGAUGGGUGGAUUCCAGUUCAAUCACGAAAGAGGAGGUGUCAUUCAAGACCCACACUACCAUCCAUCCAACAAAAUCAUUCAUUUCUUUCAGCUUUGCCAGCUACACCAAAAAAUCAAGAACAACGUCAGGUAGUGAAAAGGAGGUAUGAUUUACAAACAAGACUUCGACAAGUUCCUAAGAAGAGAAAGUCACUAUCUAAGAAAGAUAUGAACUCAAAAGAAAGAGCUGUAGUUACUCUUUAUGAAUACUUUCCAGAGGGAUAUUUUUCUAAUGAGGAAGUAUCUGUUAAUGUCACAAGUUUCAAGACAGAAAACAAACCAUCAUCUAAAGAAGAAGCUGAGGGUUCCAAGAGCCAAUCAAAUGAUCUCGAAGCUGAUAGAAGUAUAGAGAAAUCGAAGCAACUUCCAUCUGAAUUACAAUUACCCAAAGCCUUGCAACUUUCAUGGGAUACACGCCUUGCUCUUGUACAAGCUAUGUUAGACUCGAAAAAGUUCCAAGGUGAGCUGGCCAAGCCAGAAAGACGAACAUGGAUUCAUGAAAAUGGAGUGGUUUCGUCAACUUGGCAUCAAUGUUUUAAAUAUCAUUCUGAUGGCAAAACAAAAUGUGUUAUGGCUGAGAAAGAGCCUUUCACGAAAGAAGAGUCUCAUUUUGCUGAUGCCAAAUUUUAUGAAAAGGAAGAAGAUGAUUUUGAAACUCUUCCUAUCAAGAUGCCACAAAUAAAGCAAAAGAAUGACGAAAAAAUCGUUGUUCGCCCUAUAAAAGAUCCAUCUUCAAGUUCUGAAGUUCAUCUUUCAAUAGAGGAUGUGAAGGUGCUUAAGGAAGAUCUUGUGCUUCCAUUGUCUACACUCUUUAAACUGGGCAUUUCUAAUCCAGCUAGCUUCAAAGAAGGAGAGUCUCGGCAACUUGGGGAUUUGAACUCCAUCCUCACAAGUACUCAAGCAACCCAAACUGGGAAGGAAGCCGUAUUGAGAGGAGAACCUGUGUCGAAGCAGAGGCAUGGGCUUGGAUUUCAAUCAUCUAAACCUGCAAAGAUCAAGAUAAAAAAGAAGUCAGCAAAUCCAAUAACCAUCCAGAUUUUUGAAAUCGACAAGAUUGAAGGGACUCCACAACUACGACCUUCAGUCUUUCCUAGACUUGGUGAUAAGCAGCAAAACAGCAAGAAAGCAUCUAAGGGUCAGAAAAUUCAAAAGAACAAGAAUAAGUCCAUGCAAAGAAAGAAGUAUCAAUGGAGACGUAAGGAUGUCCUUGAUGGGCAAGAGAUCUCAAAGCCUUCCACUGAGGAAGUAAAGGUAGUUGAAUCAAACCAUGUCUUAAUUGAGAAAAUUUCUGACUUUGAUUCCUCAGAUGAAGAACCAAAUCUAGCCCUAGAAGCCUUUGAGGAGGGGGGACAAGCUACUACUGACGAGCUAAAGCAACGAAACUUAGGUACAGAGGAUGAUCCAAGACCCAUUUUUCUCAGUGCAUCGUUGAGUUUGGAGGAAGAAGUAAGAUAUGUGCAACUACUUACUGAGUACAAGGAUGGGUUUGCUUGGUCUUACAAAGAGAUGCCAGGCUUAGACCCAAAAGUAGCUGUUCAUUAUCUAGCCGUGAAGCAUGGGGUACGCCUAGUGAAGCAGUUGCAGCAACGUUUUCGUCCAGACCUUAUCCCACAAAUUGAAGCUGAGGUUGAUAAGUUGAUUGAAGCCAGCUUCAUUCGGGAGGUCCAUUAUCCAUCCUGGAUUGUGAACAUUGUUCCAGUUUGUAAAAAGAAUGGACAACUCAGGGUAUGUGUAGAUUUUCGUGAUCUAAACCAAGCAUACCCAAAAGAUGAUUUUCCACUUCCGAUCAUAGAGCUUAUGGUGGAUGCAACCAUGGGGCAUGAAGUUUUGUCCUUUAUGGAUGGAUUCUCUAGUUACAACCAAAUUCGCAUGAAUCCUAAGGAUGAGGAGCUUACAGCUUUUCGAACACCAAAGGGUAUUUAUUGUUAUAAAGUUAUACCAUUUGGGUUGAAAAAUGCCGGAGCCACUUACCAGCGUGCAAUGCAAUUGAUUUUUAGUGACAUGUUGCAUGAGUUGGUUGAAUGUUAUGUCGAUGAUUUGGUUGUUAAAUCUAAGAGACGUGAUGACCACCUCAAUGACUUGAAAGUUGUGUUUGAGAGACUUGGUAAGUAUCAGCUAAAAAUGAAUCCAUUAAAAUGUGCUUUUGGUGUUUCCUCUGGCAAAUUUAUGGGGUUUAUUAUGAGGCAUCGAGGCAUUGAAAUUGAUCAAUCCAAGAUAGAAGCAAUUGUGAACAUGCCACCCCCGAAAAAUCUUCAAAAGCUAAAAAGUCUCCAAGGCAAGCUGGCUUACAUUUGGAGGUUCAUUUCAAACCUUGCUGGACGAUGUCAUCCAUUUAGCAAGUUAAUGAAGAAGGAUGCACCAUUUGUAUGGGAUAAAGCAUGUCAAAAUGCUUUUGACAGCAUUAAGGAAUACCUUCUUCACCCUUUAGUUCUUGUUGCACCCAUUCUUGGGAGACCAUUGAUCCUUUAUAUUGCUACACAAGAAUAUUCCUUGGGAGCAUUGCUAGCACAAGUGAUAAAAGGACAAGCCUUAGCUGAUUUUCUUGCAAACCAUCCAAUUCUAGCUGAAUGGGAGUUGUCAAAGGAUCUUCCAGAUGAAGAGGUGUUCUUUGUAGAUGUAUUGCCAUCAUGGGAGCUUUACUUCGAUGGAGCAUCAAGAAGAGAUGGUGUUGGGGUUGGCGUGGAGUUUGAUGUUCGAAAACCAGAACUUGUCCCAUACUUCCAAUAUGCCUCUCAAUUCCUUGAGAAAUUUGAUUAUGUCUCAAUUGCCCACGUUCCUAGAAGUCAAAACAAGCAAGCAGAUGCUUUGGCUAAUUUAGCUGCUAUCAUUGCAAGUCUCGAUAAUCAAGAAGUUACUAUUUUUGUGUCACAACGAUGGAUUUCACCUCAUUUGAGAUCUGAAGAUGCAGAAAGCAAUGUUGUUUCAGUAUGUGUCAUUGAGAAAGAAGACUGGAGACAACUAAUCAUCAAUUACUUGGAACAUGGCAAGCUACUAGAUGAUCCACGCCAAAAAUCCACAAUUCGGAGGAGGGCUCUACACUUUGUUUACUUGUGUAACACCCUCUAUCGGCGAUAUUUUGAUGGAGUUCUCCUUAGAUGUUUGGAUGGAGAUGAAUCAUCCCAAGUGGUUGAGGAGGCGCAUUCUGGAAUUUGUGGAGCUCAUCAGUCUGGUCCAAAGCUUCACUACCGAAUAAGAAGAAUGGGAUAUUAUUGGCCAACAAUGGUAAAGGAUUGCAUGGAAUAUGCGAAGAAAUAUGUAAUUGGACCCAUAACACCAAAAUCUUCAGCUGGGCAUGCAUAUAUCCUAGCAGCAACUGAUUACUUCUCCAAAUGGGCGGAAGCUAUACCUUUGAGAGAAGUCAAGAAGGAAAAUGUUGUUGACUUCAUUCGAGUCAAUAUCAUCUAUCGAUAUGGUGUUCUAAGGAUUGCCAUUCAAGAAGGUCUUAUUGAUGAACAAAAUGCCAAGCUCCGUCUCCAAGAACUAGAAGCCUUAGAUGAGAAAAGACUAGAGACCCAGCAACACUUAGAGUGUUAUCAAGCCAGAUUGUCCAGGGCAUUCAACAAGAAGGUUUGACUAAGGGCAUUUCAAGUUGGAGAUGUGGUGUUAGCUAUUCAAAGGCCAAUUGUCAUCACUUAUCAUUCAGGGGGCAAGUUUACUUCAAAAUGGGAUGGUCCUUAUAUUGUGACAGAAGUUUACAGUAAUGGUGCCUAUAAGAUUGUUGACAAAUAUGGUUUACAGAUUGGUCCCAUUAAUGGAAAGUUCCUCAAGAAAUUUUACUCUUAAAU